CGGGCGGCCCAGCCGGGCGGCGGCAGAUGCACCCAGCAGUGGCAGCCGCCGGCGGCGCACAGGUGACCGGCCUGCGGCUCAGCCUGGUCAGGGAGCGCCCGGGGAGUGCUGGCUGGAGAGGAAGACUGAUCCGCCCCCAGCGCGCGCGUGUCUCGGCGCCAGGAGCCGUCCCGGGGCGUGUUGGCGAGAGCUGAUAUAGAUAUAAGGACAUUUCUCUCCAUGGCGUCACGUGACAUAAUUACCACCAGAAUCAAUCAAGAUGAAUUGCACGUCAGCGCCCGGUGGGGAUUUUUGCUUAGUUGAUCCUGGCCCAAGCCUCUUGUGCAAUCGAUGGCUCAGGUUGGCGGCGCGGGGAGCGGCCCGGGGCUCGCCGGCGCGCACGCCGCGGAGCCAUGAACGACUUUGAUGAGUGCGGCCCGAGCGCAGCCAGCAUGUACCUGCCCGGCUGCGCGUACUAUGUGGCCCCGUCGGACUUCGCCAGCAAGCCGUCGUUCCUAUCGCAACCGUCGUCCUGCCAGAUGACUUUCCCCUACUCUUCCAACCUGGCGCCGCACGUCCAGCCCGUGCGCGAAGUGGCCUUCCGCGACUACGGCCUGGAGCGCGCCAAGUGGCCGUACCGCGGCAGCAGCGGCGGCGGCGCGGGGGGCGGCGGCGGCGGGGGCGGCCCCGUGGCCCCGCAGCGGUCCCGGAAAAAGCGCUGUCCCUACACCAAGUACCAGAUCCGGGAACUGGAACGCGAGUUUUUCUUUAACGUGUACAUAAACAAAGAGAAAAGACUCCAACUCUCUCGGAUGCUCAACCUCACUGACCGGCAAGUCAAAAUCUGGUUCCAGAAUCGCAGAAUGAAAGAAAAGAAACUGAACAGAGACCGUCUGCAAUAUUUCACUGGAAACCCCUUAUUUUGAGAGCUCCAGGAAGCACCCCUCUUCCCGAGCCCCAC